AUGCCAGUCUACAUGCUCCAUGGCUUCCGAUGGCCCCGAGAUGGUUUCACAGGAAUAAGAGUCUACGUCGUACUUCACAAUUUGGAAGAAGCAGCAGCAGAAUACAUCCAGCAACCACUUACGACAGAGCUGCUUACUGAAUCCUUCCACAAGACACAGACUGAUUUAGUAUCGCGACUACCCCAACUGCGAUUCAUCGAACAAUACGAUCCAUACGAUGAAACGAGUAAUACCGUUAGUCAGGACCAUGCGUAUGUCGCGUCGAAGGUCUUGACGAUUCCAGAUGGAGAAUCGGAUGCUUCAGGGCCGGGCGCAAAUAUUCAAGAUUGUGUUGAGCAGGGAUCUGGAUUGUCGGGGGAUGAGGAGGCUGCGUUGGAGGAAUUGCGUGAUCGCUUGGCGCCCGGUGAAAAGAUUGGAUGGUUUAUUGUUUACAAUGGGGAUCCGGAUAGAUGGUAUCCCCCGAGCGAGGAUAGUGAGGAUGAGGAAGGGUAUUAUGAUGAUAAUCGCGGGAGCUAUGUCGAUGAUAAUAAGUCUUUGCCGUCGGAGGCUGCGACUGAACCUGCUACCCCGCAGAGUUAUACGGCUCGUCUGACAAAACUCUGGAAUCGAAUGAGCUCAUCAUAG